CAAUGUCUGCUGAAGGGGGCAUCGAUGUGGCUUGGGAGCUUUUUUAAACCUAAGAUGACGAAUGGGACACCAUACGAUCUCCUGGAUUAAGCGGACACGUGUAUUUGAAGCAAAACUACAUUAGUCUGUAUAUGUGUUUUCGUCCACAACAAAAUGAAUACACCAUGUGUAUGUGUUAUGUGUUUCCUUUUGGUUCCAGUUCCAGUUUUAGCAGGUUCUCACAAUUUGACGGCGUUUGUAACGUACAUUACAGGAGAAGCAUUUAGUGCUUCAAUGAUGUUGGAUGACAUCACUGUAGGAUAUUAUGAUUCAGAAACAAAGGUCUAUGUUGCAAGAGGAAAUAAUACAAAUGAAGAUGAUGUUGUAGAUCCAAUUAUCCUCAAGUCUGUAAGUGAGAAGGUGCAUGCUCAUUUUAAAGGAAGAUCAAAUCACUGGAGUCCUGUCAAUGACACAGAAAGUAAAAGUUUUGAAGUUUAUCAGGUGAUGUGUCUUUGUGAACAGAGUGACAAUAAACCUGGACAAAUUAUCAGCAAAACCGCUUAUAGAGGCUCUACGAUUGAUGAGCGGCGUUUUUCUGAUGGCAAUUUCACAUAUAAGGUGUUUUCAAAUAACACUAAAAUGAAACGCAAUCUUGAACUGUCCAAGUAUCGCUUUGAGAAUGUAUAUUAUCCAGCCUGCAUAAAAACCCUGAAGAAUUACCUAGAAAAGCGAGAAACCCAAGUAAACGAAAAAGUGAAACCUAGAGUCAGAAUUAUUCAGAAAACAAACUCAGAUUCUGGAGGGUUUCGUUUGAGUUGUUUGGCAACAGGAUUUUACCCUCGUCACAUCAACCUGACCCUGUUCAGAGAUGGGCAGCCUGUAGAUGAUCAUGAGGUCACUGGAGGAGAUCUGCUGCCCAAUGGUGACGGGACGUACCAGAUGAGGAAGAGUCUGGAGAUCAGUGCUGCAGACAAACACAAAUACACCUGCUCUGCCACACACCUCAGUCUGGACGUUACUUUGGAAAUUGAUCCAGGUGAACUGCUUAAGGCAGCGAUUCCCGUAGUGCUGAUAGUUUUGGCUCUGGUUUUGGUGUGUGCGACUGCAGCCAUUGUGUAUAAAUGCAGAAAGAGACAAGCUGAUUCACCCAGAAGUGGCUAUUCUGCUACUUAUACAUCUGAAGAACAAGGAAAACAACAACAGUUCAAUGAAAUGGCAUGACUUGAUGCUACAUGGAUCAACGUCUCCAAUGAAAAAAUUCAUUCUGACAGUUCAUCGGCUUUAUGAUGACAGAUACUACCAGAUGCAAUGAGAAAAGCAGAAUUAAUUUUUUUUAAAUGCUUUAUAAACAACAAAUAGAACGUGCAAUGCCAUAUCUCACUGUAUAACAAUUUCAUUUCACAUGCCUCAAAAUAUAGUAAUAAGAAACAAGAAAAAACAAAAACAAGGAGAGGAUACAUAAGCAUAAAUUACAUACAUUUUUAUAUUCUGAAAUUACAUCUAUAUACGAAGAGUUCAGAUGCAAAAGCCUCUAAAUCCAUCUGACAUAUUUCUUUAAAACGAGCAUUUCUUUCUGGCUACUUUGUAUAGGUUUCUAUGUAAGUACUGGUACUUCUGAUUAAGCUGAAGCUGGAAUUUAGCAAGUUUGAAGUAAAAGUAUUUGAUGGAAGCAUAAUAUGUGUCGAGAGCAUUCACUCAGUAUCAUUAUCUCAUUUUUGACCGAGAUGGCUUUUAGCUGGUUUUGCAUCUGAACUCUUACAUUUUAAUCUCUUUUUCAAGGACUAUAAAAAUAGGUUUACCUUUUGUAAACUUGCAUUUAUGAAUGUGAAAUUUACAUAAA